AUGUCAGAGCACUCUGUGAAAAUGCUUCAUGUUGAAGUUUUGCUCAGCUUGUGUUGGUGGACGCUGGUUGGUGUGUUUGGUGAAUCAGUGUCAGUGAUGGAGGGAGAUUCAGUCACUCUAAAGUCUGGUCUCACUGAACUGAUGGAUGAUGAUCUGAUUCAGUGGAGGUUUGUCAAUGAAAACACUUUAAUAGCUGAAGUUGAUAUACUGGACACCAGCGUCACUAUAUAUGAUUCCAAUGAGAGAUUUAGAGACACACUGAAGGUGGACAAUCAAACUGCAUCUCUGACUAUCACAAACAUCAGAUCUGAACAUGCUGGAGUUUAUGAACUAAAAAGUACAGGAAAAGGGACCAAACAUUUUAGUCUCACAAUCAACACUCGUCUGCCUGUUCCUGUCCUCAUCUUCAACUCUACUCAAUGUUUUUCAUCCCAGUAUUGUUCAGUGGUGUGUUCAGUGGUGAAUGUGAGCGCUGUAAGUCUCUCCUGGUACAAAGGAAACAGUUUAUUGUCCAGCAUCAGUGUGUCUGAUCUCAGCAACCAGACCACACAUCUGGACAUCAGCACACUCUGUCAGUCAUCAUGUUCAGAGUUUAAAGUCCACUGUUGUGGUUCUACUGAAACUAUAAUCCGACUGGUCCUCUCUGCUCUGGUGGGCUUGGCAACUGUGGCAUUUCUGGUUUUUGACAUCAGAUCCACAGGAGGAGAACACAAGAAACCAAUUUUAUAA